CCCACUCACAAAGUUAUAUAAACAAGACACUCCUCUGUCCUGCCUACCUUGUUGCUGGCUGUGGUUUUUGAGACAAGAGAACCACCAAAUUGUCCACCAUGAUGCAUGCAGCCCUGUGUGUGUGGAUCUUAUCAGCAUUGGUCUGCGUGGGAAGAGGCCACCACCAUGAAGGUCACACUGAAGACAGCCAUGCACAGGUGACUUUAGCAAACAAGGAGUUUUCCUUCCAUCUGUACAGGAGAUUGGCAGGUCACGCUACCACACAAGGCAAGAAUGUCUUCUACUCCCCGAAUAGCGUGUCCGUCGCCUUGGCUGCAUUGUCGGUUGGAGCCCGGGGAGAGACCCACCAACAACUGUUCAGUGGUCUGGGUUACAACAGCACCCAAGUUACGCAGACAGAUGUGAAUCAGGCCUUCAGUAUGCUCCUCAAAAGGCAAGAUCAGUCACCGGACAUCAGCGAAGGGACCGCUGUCUUCCUGGAUAACACCUUCGAGCCAAAACCUGAGUUCAUGAAGGUUUUGAAAGAGUCCUUUUACACAGAUGGAUUCAAUGUCGACUUCCACGCAACAGACAGUGUUAGUACCAUCAAUAAGUACGUAGCAGAUAAGACGCAUGGCAAGAUUGAUAAAUUGGUGGAGAAACUGGAUCCAAGCACGAUAAUGUAUCUCAUCAGCUACAUCUACUUCAAAGGAAAGUGGGACACUCCUUUCGAUCCUAAGCUCACAAAAGAGGACACUUUCCAUGUUGAUGAGAAUACUAAGGUUUCUGUCCAGAUGAUGAAUAAUGAGGAUAGGUUUGAUGUCUAUCAUGACCUGGCAGUCAACACAACAAUCCUCCGCCUUCCUUUCAACAGCUCUUAUUCCAUGCUCCUGUUGUUGCCCGAACACAUGGCGGAACUAGAGAAGGAAAUUUGUCCACAACAUAUUGCUAAAUGGUCAAAAUGGAUGAAAUCCAGGACAUAUGAUGUAUUUGUUCCAAAAUUAUCCAUCAAGACCUCCUAUUCUCUGAAUGACAUGUUGGUUGAAAUGGGAAUGUCUCACAUGUUUGAUGGCCGAGCAGAUUUGAGUGGAAUUUCAGAAGGGCAGAAACUCAAAGUCUCCGAGGUUGUGCACCAAGCUGCCCUUGAUGUGGAUGAAGCUGGAGCCACUGCCGCAGCUGCAACAGGCAUUGGCAUCACUUUGAUGUCUUUCCAACACAUCCCAGUGUUGAAGUUCAACCGUCCAUUCAUGGUUCUCAUCACUGAAAACACCACAGACGACAUCCUUUUUAUGGGAAAGAUAAUCAACCCAACCGUGUGAUGGACAACUAUUGGUGCAUCAUAAUAAAAUAAAGAAAGAAUGUCA